AUGUUCCAAUCCCAUCUCAAACCCGCGAGUAUCUCUGAUGCCCCAAGCAUGGCCCCCAAGAUGAGCGAGCGCCCUUCGCUACGUCGGGCGCAAACAGCGCCAUCAAAGGUCAUCACUGGGCCUGAUCGAACAAAACCCGACUGGAUGCUCGCCUUCAGCUACAUGCUCAUCUAUCUGGAAUUGGGCUGGCUCAUCAUGGUCAUUUGGAGGUCACUGGCAAAGCCCCUGGACGGCAUCGCAACUCAAACAGGAUGA